AUGGCUUUGGCAUGUUUGGCUAUGAAAAAUUUACAGCAAAAGGUAUUAUCUGGAGGAGGUUCUUUGCUGAAGCAACACAAGAGGUUGAGCAAUAUUAAUAAUAAUAAUAAUAAUAAUGAGUUGGUUGCAAGGUUUUCAACUAGUGUUGGUGAUAAGGUGAAAUCUGAAGGAAGUGAAGUAGCUAUCUCAGAAGAUAAUAAAAAUAAUAAUAAUAAUAGUAAGAAGAAGUCAAAGUUGUUACCGGCAAAGAGGAGAGCUGGAAGAUGGCUUUCUCCUAACCAUGAUCGUGACUUCCUUCCUACUCCUUUUGGGUUAUUUCCACCAAGUCUUGGAAAUGCACUAAUGCAAGCAACUGAGAACAUGAACAAACUAUUUGAAAACAUGAAUUUGACACCAUGGUCAUUAACUGGACGAGUGAAAGAAAGUGAGAACCAUUACAAACUAAAGUAUGACAUGCCAGGAAUUCCUAAAGAGAAUGUCAACAUAACAGUUGGUGAUGGAGUUUUAACAAUAAAAGGAGAACACAAAGAAGAAAAUGAUGAUAAUGAGUAUUGGUCAUCAUCUUAUGGUUAUUAUAAUACUAGUAUGGUUUUGCCUGAUGAUGCUAAGGUUGAUGAAAUAAAGGCUGAGUUGAAAGAUGGUGUUUUGGUUGUUACCAUUCCUAGGUGUGAGAAGGUUAAGGAAGAUGUUAAGCAUGUGCAUGUAGAGUGA